GAAAGAAGCUCGCCGGGAAUUAAAAUGUGUUGCUAUGUGUCGCUUUGUAUCAAGCCCUGGAGCCACUAAGCUCCACGCAGCUACCCAUUCACAUCCACGGACUGUGUGCCCUCUUCUUCUUCUUCUUCUUCUUCCACACGAAGCAGGACUCUGCUGUGCCACCACUACCUACUCUGGACUAUGCUCUGUCUCUAUGGUAACAGGCCUUAGGAAGAUCCAGAAAAACACUGAGCCAAGUUGAUCCCCAUACCUGAUCCUGGACACCAGGGAUGAAGAUUUGAAUUCAAACACAUUAUUGUGUUGAUGAUAAAACCAUAACAGUGACUUAGAUGAUAGUUUUUAGAGUACUUUGUGUGUCCUCUUGGGAUCACGGUGGUCCCUUAACAUCAGAGGUAUUUUCCUCUGAUGUAAGAGUAAAUGAUGCUGCAGAUAUCCUCAUUCUACAUUAGAAGAUUCUAAAUUUGGCCAUAAUAGUCCCAAACGGGUCUGAAAGGCAUCGUCACCCAGGACCAGGAUGCACCAGCUUUUUAGUCAGGUGCUGGGCCAGAGGGAUUUGUCACGAGCGGGAGACCUGUUUUCUCUGGAGGAUGCGGAGAUCGAAGACUGCCUGUCACAUGCUCUGGAUCAGAUCAAGUCGAUCUCCUGCUCACCGGAUUAUUUGACCAAUGAUAAUGACCAGGCUGUGGUCGAGAUUUGCAUAACACGCAUCACCACGGCCAUCAGGGAGACAGGCUCCAUCGAGCGGCACAGCACAGCCCUGGUGGGGCUUUGGGAGUCGUGUUUGGAACAUAACCUCACGCCUCAAGGUGACAACACCGAGGACACGCCGCACACCAAGAUAGCCUCGGACAUUACCAGCUGCAUCUUGCAGAAUUACAGUUGUCCAUCAGUUAUGGUGCUGGCUGUUCCGGUGGCGGUGCGUUUUCUGCAUCGAGGCAAUCGAGAACUGAGCAGGAACAUGUCCAGCUAUCUCUCACUGGCUGCUAUAGCCGAGAUCGAUCUGCUGGCUGAACAUACCGAGGCCAUAACCCUCAGUGUACUAGCAGGGAACGCCAUGCUGCUCCGUGUGCUUCCGUCAGUCUAUCCCAGACAACCUGAUGUCAUCCACUGUCACCUUGGUAAACUCACCGCUAUGAUGUCACAGUUGGAUUCUGCGGAACAACAACACCUGAUGAGAUUGCUUCAAAUGGUGGCAGAGCAGCAUCCAUUGAUGUUGAGCCCCCAGGUACCUGUCCUGGUCGGUUACAUCGGCAACAAGUCUCUGAUUGAGGCCAUAUUAAGCACUUUGGUGGACGUGUCUCAAGCCAGCCCCUCCUCGCUGGUCAGCUCUCUGCCAAAGCUCAGGACUGUGGGACAACAAUGGCCUGCUCUCUUGGGUCACGUGGCCAAAAUCCAUGGUGCUGUGGGCAUCAUCAGUGAGACACAUGCACACAGUUCUUUGGUCUACCUGGUGUCCCUUCUGGGCAACAUGGAGCACGCUUUUCACCACACGCUGCUGCUGGAGAUCCGAGCUCUGACAGACCGUUAUCCUUCUGUGCUCGGAGGCUACGGGAAAGACCUGUACCGGCUGAGCAACUCAUUCGCCGCCAUUGCCAAACUACUGGGGAGGCGCCUUGAGGAAAACACCACCACACGCUGCAGCGAAAAUGGAGUGGAGCCAUCGCCAUCAUCCGCUGCAUCCCUUCAAGGGGGAAGUAGGCGAGGGGGGUCUCAACAGCGGCAACAGGUGAAGGCUGGAGGUGAGAUGCAGGUGCAGGAGGACUCUCCGACCCCGCAGCGGAGAUAUAGCCUGAGCCAUGCAGUGAGGGAAGAGCAACGAGAGAUGAGAUUCAACAGGUCAAAGAGCUUGGCCCUUCACGCUGUGCGCUCACGAUCCAUCAACUCAGACGGCGGGGAGGAUGCAGAGGGAGUGGAUCUCGGUUCAGACAUCACCUUCACCAGUGUUUCACCCUGCCAGCAGAUAUCAGUAGAAUAUCAGGGAUUGACACUCCCCGAGAAGAAACUGACAGACAAUGUACCCGCAUCCGCCGCCAUUCCAGACAGAGUAGUCAAGGAGUCCGAGAGAGGUCAAAGCGGACAGAAGACCAAAGAGUCGGACGAGGUCAGGGUAGCUGACAGACUCUUUGUCCAUUUAAAAAACAAUAUGGAGAUGAUCCGAAAGUUCUGUAAAGACAUGGUGCAACACAUCCCCAUACCAGAUCAGUGUGUCAUAGAAGAAUCAAACCGAGGCUGUGUGGCCAAGCUGUCAUUCUCUUGUCCCUUGAAGGGCCACUACUGCCUGUAUGCCAAAUCCAGUUUUCACCUGAGCAGCUGCCAGCCUCAUCUUUGGAUACACAUCAUGCUGCUCCAUUUACAGAGUAAGUCCAACGUUCCUCUGUGCUCUGGAGAUGAAUGUGUCCAAAGAUUGGCAUCUCUUUGGGGGAAGACGCAGCUCAAAGGAGCUCACAGCUUCCACAUGGCAAUGACGCAACACGCCACCCCGCACAGAAAGGACCUGGACAGUCUACAGAUGCAACUGGAGGAGGUUCGCUUCUUUGACCUUUUUGGCUACAGUGAAGAAGAGGGAGGGUGGCUAUGCUUCAUGUGCAACAACCCAGAGAAGGCCACAGGUGUGAACCAGGAGGGUCAGCCUCUCAUUGAAGGCAAGCUUAAGGAGAAGCAGGUCCGAUGGAGGUUCAUCAAGCGGUGGAAGACUCGCUACUUCACUUUGGCAGGAAACCAGCUUCUAUUUCGGCGAGGCAAAUCGAAGGAUGAGUUGGACGACAUUCCCAUCGAACUGAGCAAAGUGCAAAGUGUCAAGGUGGUGACCAAAAAGCGGCGGGAUCGAGGCCUACCUCGAGCGUUCGAGAUCUUCACCGAUAAUAAAACAUACGUCCUGAAAGCCCAGGAUGAGAAGCAUGCCGAGGAGUGGCUGCAGUGUAUCAACGUGGCCGUGGCUCAAGCCAGGGAGAGGGAGAACAGAGAGGCUACAACGUACCUGUGAAGGCCACAUCUCACCUUUACUGGAUGCUGCGUUCAAUGUGUCACAUAAGGAUUCAUGACGACACAAUAAAAUGGCCUGCAAGGCAGCAUUGCAAGACCAAGAACAUUAUAGCCGAUCUCAAUUUUGUCCCCCAGAAAAAUCAACUUGAUGACACCCCCCCCCCCCCCAACCUGAAAACCUUUGGGAAAUUCUCUCAAACUUUUUGUAAGGUGUGUAAGUAACAGCGCAUUUCAGAAAAAGAACAUCAUACCAACAGUAAAAUACGGUGGUGGUAGUGUGAUGGUCUGCGACUGUUUUGCUCUUUCAGGACCUGGAGGACCAUGGAAUCAUGAAUUCUGCUGAAUUCUAACAAAAUAAUCCUGAAGGACAAUGUCCGGCCACCCUCGGGCAUCGCAAAAUUAGUGUCGCUCCUAAACCUGAGUUCAAUUCCACCCUCAGUGUGGAGUUUGAAUGUUCUCCCCAUGCAUGCGUGGGUUUUUUUCCGGGUACUCCGGUUUCUUCCCACAUUCCAAAAACAUGCUAGGUUAAUUGGCGACUCCAAAUUGUCCAUAGGUAUGAAUGAGUGUGAAUGGUUGUUUGUCUAUAUGUGCCCUGUGAUUGGCUGGCGACCAGUCCAGGGUGUACCCCGCCUCUCGCCUGAAGACAGACAGCUGGUGUGCUUCAUGUGACUGAAUGACAACAAUUCUGCAAAUAUGAGUGGGACAAAAUUCCUCUACAGCUCUGUAAGAGACUCAUUGCAAGUUAUUACAAACACUUGAUUGCAGUUGUUGCUGCUAAGUGUGGCCCAACUACUUUUUCACACAAAGCCAUGUAGGUUUGUUUUUUUCCCUCCUUUAGUAGUAAAACUGCAUUUUUUGUUCGGUUGUGUUGUCAUUGACUAUUAUUUAAAUUAGCUUGAUGAUCUGAAACAUUGAAGUGUGACAAGCAUGCAAAAAAAUUAUAAAAAAUUAUAGAAAAUGAGGACAAAUUAUGCAUAAAUGUGGAUUGUAUAUGUAGCCAUCAGACAAGAAUGUUUGAGUGUCAGAUCCUUGAACGCAAAGCAACUUAUCACAUUUCCCCAAAUGUCAAAAUAUCCCUUCAUAAUGAAUGUACGCACAUAUUUCUUUUAAUUGACUUUUGUUAUUCUUUGUAUUUGUUUCACAGUGGUCAUCUCAUGUUACGUCCACCAAGACCUCAUAGUCUAUUUUGGAAAUACCCAUGAGGGUCAGUGAAGUGGUCAGGUUUCUUUUCUUUUGCAAUCACUGUCUCGACUGUAAUCACAGUGGAGUUGAUACCGUUUGCACUUAUUUCUAAGAAAACACUAAAGUCAAUGAGACGUUUCUCCAUGUCGAUUCAAGACAACUGAUUGUGUCAUGAUCUCUGUGGAUUUUCACAUUUUCAAGUGCAUGAGGCUGACAUUUCAGAGGUGUUGUGUGUUUUUAUGGAUGUCACAAAGCAGCUUCUUGACUCUUAUUCAGCUCUUACCAAUACAAAUGAAAAGUAAUAAUAAAUAUUAGUAGUAGUAAUAAUAAAGAGUUUUUUCAAACAUUAGCUCAUUUGGUACCACUGGUUAUAACUGAAUACCUGACAGCAUUGUACAUUAACUAAGUAGAUAAACGUAAACUGAAUCGUUUUUUCUUACUUUGUAUAAGAGAGAACUAUUUAUUUUUUACAUGCAUUGCCAUGUUUUUGAUUUUACACUAUUGUUAAUGACUAUUCCAUAUGAAUGUUAUUGCAGAUGAUCCGCCAUUGUGUGUAUAUGUGUCUGUGCUGCAUG